AAAUUUAUGUAGACAGGUCUUUGCUACACUGCAAUUGAUAAUCCAUCAAGAAAUACCAAGGAAUCAUUAAGUGAUUCAAUAAUAGAAAUGCUUGAUUCUGAUACUUUAUGUCAUAGGAUAAAUGAACCAAUUGAUCUUAAAAAACACCAGGAAGAAAAUUGGGAUCCUGUUCUCCAAUGGUUUGAAGAAAGAUAUAAAGUAAAAAUGAAUGUAUCAUAUGAUGUUGGAUCGGAAGGAAUAUCUGAUGAAACACACAACAUUAUUAAAAAACAUUUGCUUUCUUAUAAUGAUUGGUGUCUCUUAGGAAUUCAGUUUACUGCAGAAAGUCUGAAAUCUAUAAUAUUGACUCUAGCUGCUAUAAAUUAUUAUUUAGAUGUUGAAUCAUGUGUUUCACUAUCAUAUCUGGAAACUUUAUAUCAGAUCAAGCAAUGGGGUGCUGUUGAAUGGGCACAUAAUAUAGAAUUUGAACAAACUAAAGCUAGAGCUGCGGCAGGGGUUUUAUUUGUAUAUUUAAAUUCUGAAUCCACUCAUCUAUCACAGAAAUCCUCUAGUUCAAGUUUCUCCAUUGGGAUGAGCCAUUUUUUGCAUAGCAGUUGGUGAAAUUCCAACAGGAAAUGAAAUUUUCUCCCCCAAAAGUGUAACAGAGAGAUCUCUUUUGGAAACGUCUCUUAGACAUUUUGGUUUUAUUUUAA